AUGCUUGCUCAAAAGGUUUUGAUCGUCUUGUUCGUUCUGCUAGCGGGGGAUAGCGAAUGCAAUGCUGAAGAUAGUGACAUGAAGCUCGCCCGUGCCCAGAAUCGUUUUGCCCUCAAGCUUCUCAAGGAACUGUGCAGCGAAGAACCGGAAUCGAACAUCUUCUUCUCGCCGACCAGCAUCUCCGUCGCACUCGCAAUGGUCUACGCCGCCGCCAGGGGCAAGUCCGAAGCGGAAAUUUCCAUUGCUCUUGGCCACACCGCAGCGUUACUGCCUAGCAGAGAAUCUACAUUGGAGUCUUACAAAAAGUUUCUGGCAGAACAGCAGACUGAUGACAAUGUAAGUUUGAUGAUAGCCAACGCAGUUUUUGUGCAGAAGAAGCUGAAAGUCCUCAAAAGUUACCGGAAGGAGCUCGUUGACAUCUUUGCGGCGAUGUAUCGGUCGGUGGACGUUCGGGGAGAAAAGUCUGCCAUGGAAUCCGAGGUUAACGAGUGGGUAAAGAACAAGACCAAAGACCAGAUCUCGGGCUUCAAACUUCCUGCAGGCACCAUAACGGCGCUUCUCAAUGCCAUUUACUUCAAGGGGCAAUGGGAGACCCCUUUCGAUCUCAAGUAUUCCUUCUCAUUUCCUUUUUACAACAAAGGAUCUGAGGUAGUGAUGGUAGAAACCAUGUCGCGAGACGGCACGGUAUUGUUCACCUCUGAACCCGGCCUGAAAUGUGAAGCCAUAGAACAUCCUUACAAAGGGGGCAGACACAGCAUGAUAUUCGUAUUUCCCAAUGAAAAAAAUGGACUUGCCGAACUUCGGCAGGCCAUAACUGUCGAGAGCAUAGAAAAAAUCCUGAGAAAUUUGAAAGAGACGGUUCUCAUGUUUCAACUUCCUAAGUUCGACUUGAAAACGGAGUACAACCUCGUUCCUGCCCUGAAGAAGUUGGGUGUGGGCUCCAUCUUCUCUGACGCCGAUCUGUCGGGAAUCCCUGGCGGCGAAGGGCAGGUGGUAACCGAGGUCCAGCACAAGGCAGCCAUUGAGAUCAACGAAGAAGGCACGGUGGCCGCCGCCGCAACAGCAGUGCGUGCUGGCAAAAAUCGUACACAAUCCUUUGUCGUGAAUAGACCUUUCCUCUUCUACAUCUGCGAGAAGGCUACCGGCCGUCUGCUGUUUUUGGGAGAAGUGCACGCACUCCCAGCCAUUAAAUAA